AAUGGAAGCAUCCAAUCAGUCCACUGUGACCGAAUUUGUUUUGCUGGGCCUCUCUGCACAUCCAAAGCUGGAGAAAACGUUCUUUGUGCUCAUCUUGUCCACGUACCUGGUGAUCCUGCUGGGCAAUGGAGUCCUCAUCCUGGUGACCAUCCUUGACUCCCACCUGCACACGCCCAUGUACUUCUUCCUGGGGAACCUCUCCUUCCUGGACAUCUGCUACACGACCUCCUCAGUUCCUCUAGUCCUGGAUGGUUUCCUCACUCCCAGGAAAACCAUCUCCUUCUCAGCCUGCGCUGUGCAGAUGUUUCUCUCCUUUGCCAUGGGAGCCACAGAGUGUGUCCUCCUGGGCAUGAUGGCGUUUGACCGCUAUGUGGCCAUCUGCAGCCCCCUUCGGUACCCUGUGGUCAUGAGCAAGGCUGCCUAUGUGCCCAUGGCUGCUGGCUCCUGGGUGGCUGGUGGAGCCAACUCCUUGGUGCAGAUCUCUCUUGCAGUACAAUUGCCCUUUUGUGGGGACAAUGUCGUUAAUCAUUUCACCUGUGAGGUCCUGGCAGUGCUGAAACUGGCCUGUGCUGACAUCUCCAUCAACGUGGUCAGCAUGGCAGUAGCCAAUGCAAUCUUCCUGGGCGUCCCAGUCCUGUUCAUCUCUUUCUCCUAUGUCUUCAUCAUUGCCACCAUCCUGAGGAUCCCCUCAGCUGAGGGGAGGAAAAAGGCCUUCUCCACCUGCUCUGCCCACCUCACAGUCGUGGUCAUCUUCUAUGGGACCAUCCUCUUCAUGUAUGGGAAGCCCAAGUCCAGGGAUCCACUUGGGGCAGACAAGCAGGACCUUGCAGACAAGCUCAUCUCCCUGUUCUAUGGACUUCUGACCCCCAUGCUGAACCCCAUCAUCUACAGCCUGAGGAACAAGGAUGUUAAGACUGCUGUGAGGGAACUGGUGAGUGCAAAAUGCCUCCCUCAGUGAU